GUCACCUUGUGAGGGUAUUUUUAACACCUAAUUUCCUGCAGUGGAAUUUACAUUGUAUAUAUUAACGUUAGGUUUAGCCUACUUGGCUUUGAAUUGAACACUAACUGGCCAACGACAACGUUACAAAUUCAUUGAAUAUGGUAGAUUGGUAGCUUUAACCGUUUAAACGCUAUUCUGUCCUUGUGUGCUAAUUAGUGAAUGGCGAUAUGUGGAUCUGUUGUAUUAAUAUGUAACGUUAGCUAUAAGUAUCACAGGUAUGAGGUUAUGCCAAGCAGGUCAACGUGAAGGCGCACCAUGUAGCUAAACUAGCAUUGAUGUUUCAUGUUUUGUGCGCGAGGAGCGCUGACCCUCAAGAGGUCUGAUGUAAAUCACUGCGAUGGCAGAAUGGGAGAGGAGAGAAGGGGAGAGGAGGGGAGGGUGGAGGACACCGGCUACAGCCUUGCCUCCUCUUUGCAUGCGAACACACAGCGGAGAAGGCAGGCGAGCAGGAAGACAGCACCAUCACGGGGGCAACAAAGGGACGCAUGUUUAAUCUACAAGGCAUCAAAUGAACAAAUGAUUCAUUGAGAUUCAAGUUCUGCUUAUAGGAAGAAAAAAAACGCUUUACAUUUGUCCUGGCCUCAAAGCACUGCACAGACAUGGAGCUGGAGCACUUUGAUGAGCGGGACAAGGCUCUCAGAUACACCCGAAGGGGCUCAAGAGGGAAUGGGCUCCCCAGUCCCACUCAUAGCGCUCACUGCAGCCUGUACAGAACCAGGACACUGCAAAAACUGACCUCAGAAAAGAAGGCCAAGAAGAUUCGUUUCUAUCGCAAUGGGGACCGCUACUUCAAAGGGAUUGUGUAUGCCAUUUCUCAGGACAGAUUUGGGUCUAUAGAAGCACUGCUGGCUGACCUCACUCGAUCUCUGUCAGAUAAUGUCAACUUGCCACAAGGGGUGCGGACCAUAUAUACCAUUGAUGGGACAACAAAGAUCACCUGCAUGGACCAGCUGGUGGAAGGGGAGAGCUAUGUUUGUGCAUCCAUAGAGCCCUACAAGAUGCUGGACUACACAAAGAAUGUAAAUCCCAACUGGGCUGUUGGUGGCUGGACUGCUGUGUCCAUCCGUGACCCUUCUUCCCUUGGUAGCGCCAUGGCUGGAUCCCCGGAAACCAGGGAGAGCAAGGACUUUAUCAAGCCCAAACUGGUAACCAUUGUCCGCAGCGGAGUAAAGCCUCGCAAAGCCGUACGGAUCUUGCUCAACAAGAAGACUGCACACUCCUUUGAGCAAGUCAUGACUGACAUCACAGACGCCAUCAAGAUGGACUCUGGACUCGUCAAAAAGCUAUAUACUGUUGACGGCAAGAUGAUCACCUGCCUUCAGGACUUUUUUGGGGAGGAUGAUAUCUUCUUUGCCUGUGGCCCUGAGAAGUUCCGUUAUCAGGAUGACUUCAACUUGGAUGAAAGUGACUGCAAGGUAGUAAAGUCUGCAUCAUAUGGCCGGCUCCCCUCCGUUCAGGGUCUCUCUUCGCCAAGAGGUGGUGGGAUGUCCCGCAGGAGCAAGUCCCCAUCAUCCACUGGUUCAGCUAAUGGCACUGCUGGCAGUCAGCUGUCCACACCUCGAUCUGGGAAGUCUUCGAGCCCCUCUCCGACCAGUCCAGCUAGCCUCCGAAGACGACGGGGAUCUCAACACAGUGGCUCUUCACUCUCUUUAGCGUCUACCAAGGUUUGCAGCUCAAUGGAUGAAGGAGAUGGGCCUGGCAGUGAAGCUGAGACGGUGGAUGAGUACCGCACAGUGCCUCUGCCCAUAACAGAGAGGUACAAAGUGGGGAGGACUUUAGGGGAUGGAAAUUUUGCUGUGGUCCGAGAGUGUGUGGAGAGAUCCACUGGAAGAGAGUACGCUCUGAAGAUCAUCAACAAAGAAAAAUGCAGGGGAAAGGAGCACAUGAUCCAGAGUGAAGUGUCAAUCCUUCGGCAUGUGAAACAUCCCAACAUCGUACUUUUAAUUGAGGAAAUGGACACCUAUAGUGAGCUCUAUCUUGUAAUGGAGUUGGUUAAGGGGGGCGAUCUCUUUGAUGCAAUCACCUCCUCAAGCAAAUACACAGAGCGAGAUGCCAGCUGUAUGCUGUUCAAUCUGGCAAGUGCCAUCAAGUACCUGCACAGCCUCAAUAUUGUCCACAGAGACAUAAAACCAGAAAACCUGUUGGUGUUUGAGCACCAGGAUGGUAGUAAGUCUCUGAAGCUAGGGGAUUUUGGCUUGGCUACUGUCGUCAACGGGCCCCUCUAUACUGUGUGUGGCACACCCACCUAUGUAGCACCAGAGAUUGUCGCGGAGACCGGGUAUGGCCUCGAGGUUGACAUUUGGGCAGCUGGUGUCAUCACUUACAUACUGUUGUGUGGCUUUCCUCCUUUCAGUGGCAGUGGUGAAGAUCAGGAGGCUCACUUUGAACAGCUUUCGAGGGCCCAGCUUGAUUUUCCUGCACCAUACUGGGACAGUGUUUCUGAGACUGCCAAGGAUCUGAUCACUGGGAUGCUGCAGGUAGAGGUGGAUCAGAGAUAUACGGCUGUACAGGUGCUUGAUCACAGCUGGGUCAAUGAUGAUGGUGUGUCAGAGAACAAGCACCAGCUGCCUGUGGCUGGGAAGAUCAAGAAGCACUUCAAUACCGGGCCCAAGCUCAACAGCACCACUGCAGGAGUGUCAGUCAUUACAACCACGCCACUUGAUAAGGAGAAGCAAGUUUUCCAACGGAGACGCCACCCAGAUGUGAAAUUCGCACCCCACCUGCCACACGGUAUCGGUGCCAGCGCCUCUCGCAUUGCCAACCCCGUCUUCUCCGCCGCUGAGUUCACCUCUGAGACUGAGGACUAUUCCCCAAGUUCGGCUGACACAGUUCGUUCACCCACUUCUCAGUUCUAACAGUCUCCCAGAGGCCACAGCCCACAUCUACCCCUCUGGAGGUGGGAAAGGGUGGAGUGCAAAAUGGAAAGACCCAACAUUGGGUUCAGUCUGCUGAACUGGACAUUCACAGGCUGCAUACCAACCUGCACCUAUUUAUGUUUUCCCCAGUCAUAAUACGUUUAUUUUAAUUAUAAAAUGCAUUGAAUCAUAUUAAGGGACAAGUUGAUCUCUAGAUCAAAGAAUACAAUUUAAGAGCAUGCAACUAUUCUUUUGUUUUCCCUUUUUUUUAUUUCUUCAAAAAGGUCACAAAACUGUAAACGCCUUAUUUAUUCACCAAACACUGGUUCAUUGUAGUACCAUAGAGCCCUCUACUGGUUAAUAUUGUAUACUGCAGGAAAGACGGCCUGCUUCAUGAAGCACUUAGCUUUUUAAUGGAACAUGUAAAUAAAAACCAUUCAAACCUUAGCUUUUAAACAUUAAAUUAAAUGAUUUUGUGAUAUGAUGGUAAAUUUAACUUAUUAUUGUGGUUUAAACACCAAUGCUUGUUUAACAAUUACUCUCAAUACAACAGUAAGAGUCCCUUCCUGCUGUACUUUAUGACUUUUAGAUUUCUCUGUGCCGAGGUACUUAAGGUUCUGGUGCAUAAACCUUACGUACUGUUUAACAGGACUUAAGAAACUGAAAUGAGAUGCUGCUAUAUUGUACUGUAAGCAUUAUCGGUACUGAAAUGUUUUUUUUUUUUUGUGUAGGGCAAAUAUUGUCCUGCCACCCAGUACCAUUACUUUUUUGAGGGUGGUAAUAUUUGACUAUUGAUAGUCCAGCUCACCUGGGUGCUUGAGGAUGAUUAUUGAAACAGUAGAUUUGUUACAUGUCUGUUUGAGUGGUUGUAAUUCAGUGGUGGUACAGAUGAAUGUCAGUGCUGUGUAGUUGGUAGUAAGUGCAUGUUUAAAGCCUGGCCUUGGCUUAUAUGGAUUUAAGUACAAUUGGGUGUAGUGCCCAAUGAGCACAGUAUCAAAUUUGUCCUUUGAAAUGCUGGAAUGAGUGACAAUGGAUCUAUUGCUGGUAUUAUUGGCAGCCAACUGACACACUUCUCUAUCAGAUGGGAGCUAUUGGCUCUUGUACAACGUGGAUUUUUUUUUUAAGAAACAAGUUAAAUGUUGUUAAACACAACAGUGCUUCCAGUAAAAUCCAUUAUUUUAAUAUUUGUUCAUUCAGUCAGUACUAAGCAGUCUUGCUCACCGGACUGUGUUCUCUCACCACUUCAUACAUUGGUUCACCAGAGACCAAAUGUGUUUGUGUGAAUGUCCUGCUCCCUUCAUCAGACUGUAACUUGCAUGUGUGCUAAUAUGCAUCCUAAAUCAGUUGUAUGGGUGUUCUGUUUGCUAUACGCCUGUCAGAUAUCAAGUCAUUUCUGUUGUCUUUGUACAUGCUGUCUUGGUGAAUGCAGUUCAGUUAAGGCAGACUAUAGUCAUACCACAGCUAAGUUAAAACCUGUAUAUGUAUUUUAAUAGAAAAGUAAUAUCACACCACUAACUUUGUUGUAAAAGGGCUUUUAAGUUUUCGACUAGAAGGGAUUGAACCAAAAAGUACAGGGUGACUUUUUGGGAAUGUUUUGCUUUCAAGACUGUUUUUCAUAAUCUGAAAAACAUUUAAAGUUUAUAUACAUUAUGACAAAAUGGUACUCUAAGACAACUGGGAAUGUCAGUAUUAGGUGGAAGCGGAUGAAGAAUGUGAAUGCUGUAUUAUAGUCAUCCAUAUUCCAUUACUGUAAGGAUGUUAACUAUUUAAAUGAUUAGAAAAAAACAUUAAAUCUUUUAACUAAUGAAAAAAAAUUGUAGUUAAACAUAAUUCUAACAAUGUAGCUAUCUGCGAUGAAACCAAACCUGGGAAUAAAAAGGAUUUAAUUAA